AUGGAUCACAUCCUGGAAACCGAUCCGAGCACCGCUUCUCCUGCGAGUGCAUCGAGCAGCGCAGGGAAUCCUGUUGACGUCGAUGUUGAUGCUGGCCCAGGUGCUAUAUCGAACGCUAAAACAAAGGCUAAUGGUACCAAAUGCUCAGAAUGCGGCAAAGUAUUUAAGAACACGGCGUUGGCUAAUUACCAUGUCGAGAAGGGUGGCCAUGAGGGGUCUGCGGAAGAGAUAAAGCCACUUAUGGAGGAAGAGAAGCGGCAGAAGUUGGCUGAGCUCCGGGAAAAGAUAGCUGCAAAGCGCAGCGUGAAGGCCCAACAAGAAGCCAUAGAAGCACGUGCGAAUGAAGCUAUUCGUUUCAAGUCUGGCAAGAUUGAAGCAGAUAAGAAAGCCCGUGCAGAAAAGGCUGUAAGAGAGAAAGCUUUACGUGACGGUCAAUUAAUUAUUGACUCAUCAGACACUGCGUCAGCAACAGCGUCCUCGUCCAGCGGCACAAAUGGGAAGGACUUCAAAGACAAUCGUCUCCAAAUCCGUACGGCAAGUGGAGGAACGCCUUACAUGACGCAACUGCCCAAACGCUUUCUGUCAAUGUGGAAACCGUCACAUUCGCCCAGGAAAACAUUCUCUCGCGUAAAACACUGA